AGGCGCUUGAUUCGAAAAUGCGUGGCAACCCGGUGUUGCCAUUGUUACCGUACGGUGGGUAAUACAACCAGCGGACAUCAUUAGGAUACCACUGUUUCCGACUGGCAUCUACAGAUGUGUAACCUACUGUCAAAUUACCAAGAUACACUGGAUUCAAGUGAGACGGACUCAUGGUCUACAAAUGCUGAAUAUGAAGAUCUAAAGAUUCCUAACACUGCAGGGCAAAAAUCCGAUCAAUCAAAAGAAAAUAACACAAGUAAAAAAUCAAUGAAAAAUAUCAACUACAAAUCUAAAUUAACCCAACAUAAACCACAAAUCAAAUCUACAUCUCAACCAAAAUCCGGUUGUAUAUCAUCAACGUGUUUACCGGGAAAGCCUAGUUUAAGCAAUAAAUUAUAUUCAGACAAACGUGAAUCAAAUGAAAUAGCAUUAGCCAAUGCGAAUAGUUUGAUUGUACAAUUGAAUAAAGAAUUAACAGAUUGCAAAUUGGAAUUAAGAACAAUAUUAAGACAAUAUAAAAUGCAAGCUGUACGGUUGGAUAAAGCUAUAGCACGUGAAGCUGAAAUGCCAGAAGUUGUCGACCGUUUAAAAUCAGAAAUACGUACAUUACAAAUUAGAUUACAUCAAAAAACAUUAGAAUCAAGUGCUGAUAAGAAAAAAAUCAGUGAAUUACAACGAUGUAUUUAUAUGUUAGAUAAAAAAGCUGAUGAACGGCAUAAUCAAUCAAAGUAUUCAGAUGAAGGAUCAAUGAUAUCACAAAAACGAAGUGAACAACUUCAUAAUUUGUCCGUAGAAUUACAAGAAGAAAAGAAGAAGAAUUCACAAUUAGAAUGUGAAUUAGAUUUAAUGAAAAAUAAUUACAAGCAACAAAUUAGUGUAAGUAAUAAAAGGCUACGUAGUUUACGACAAGAAUGUCGACAAUUAAGAAGUGAACUUGAAGAGAAAACAGUAAAAAUGCAGACUGAAUUAUUUGAAUUACAAAAUGCUAUUAAUCAAUGUAUACCAAAACAUCUUGUCAUUUCGGAACAGUGUUAUUUACAAAGACCACCUUCUCUUUGUUUCACAAAUACUACUAAUAAUACUACUAAUGAAAUAGCAGCAGCAUCACAAAAAUUCAAUGGUCAUAAUAAUAAUUUGAAAUUGACUAAUAAUGUUGACUUAUGUCGACGUGUCUCCUCUACAUCGCUGAAUAAUGAUGGUGAUGGUGGUGGUGUUGGUGGUAAUAAAACCAGAAAAUUAUCAAGUGGUGAACCAAUUCAAGAUGGUGAAAGUGAAUGCUCAUCAUCUAAAGCAGGUUUUAUUCAGAAUACUCAAAUAGAUGGAAGUAGUCUUGGAAGUAAUAAAGAAAAUGUUGGGAAGUCAAAGGAAGAAGAACUAUGGAACGACAUAUUUGGUUCAAAGAAGGAUAAUAACAGUGAAUCACGGGAGGAACUGUUGGAAUUACAAAAUGUAUUUAGUCAACCUACUCCAAAAAAUACCAUUCUAGAACAUUUAUCUAGACAACCAUCUAUAUGUUUUACAAAUGAUAAUGACAAUCAUGUAAUUGAUAAUGAAAUAGCACAAAAAUUUACUGGUCAUAAUAAUUCAGAAUCGAAUUCAGAAUUAUCACGACGUAUAUCAUUGAAUGGAAAAACAAGAAAAUUAUCAAAUUGUGAUUCUGUUCUGCUAGAUCGUCAAAGUGAAAGUUCAUCGAAAUCAAUUUUUAAUACUCAAAUAGAUGGAAGUAGUCUUGGAAGUAAUAAGGAAAAUGUUGGAAAGUCAAAAGAAGAAGAACUAUGGAACGACAUAUUUGGUUCAAAGAAGGAUAAUAACAGUGAAACACGGCGAAUGAAAAAUGAACAUCGUUCAACUCCUCCUAGCGACGGACACUUAUUCACCAACGAUCAUAACAAUAAUAAUAAUAAUCUUGUCAAUGGAAAAACACUAAAUUCUUCAAAUCAGAAGAAAAUCAAUUUUCUUACACAGAAAAAUAACAUCACAACAACUACUACAACAACAACAACAAAUGAUAUAACAAACAAUGCAUUAUUGUCCAAUGCAAAUUUACCAUCAUGGUUAACAUUUAAUCAAACAAUUAGUAAACAACAACAACAUUCGAACGAUUGCAAUAAUACUCUGAUGAACAAUCGUCAUUCAUUGAUUGGUGGUGGCUGCAUUAACAAAUUAGAUAAUAGUGAAUAUUAUAGUAGAGGUACAAAACCUAAUCAUCUUCAUCCUAAUAAUCCUAAAAAUAAUCGAUUUUAUCAUCAUAUCACCACCACUAAUCAACUAGAUGAUAAUGUUGAUUCUGAUAUGGAAGAAUUACAAAUAUAAUGUGAUGAUAUUAUUAUUAUAGAUGAUGUUGUUUUACUUUGCAAAAGAUGCCUACUUACCAUAAAUGUAAAUUAAUUUGAUGAUUAUACUACUAACUUGAACUUAAUAACUGAGACACGGUUGUGUUGUGUAUGAUGCCCUGUUGCCACUGCUCCUCCUCUACCUCCUCCUAUUUAUCAGUAUUAUUCCGAAAAAUCAAUAAAUCGAUAAUCAUGUUAUCCAGAUUAUUUAUUGUUAUUUAAAUAUGUUGUGUAUUUCGUUUGAUUAUUCUAUUCGUAAAUAAUUGAUUUUUUCAGUUGGUUUUUGUGGCUAGUUUUAUUGUGUAUAACAUGUAUGUUGUUGUUGUUGUAUACACUAUUUGGAUAUAGUUACAGUUUUGAUUUUGAUUACAGUUCCUAGGCAACAUGUUCAUCACCAUCAUUAUCAGAUGUGUGUGUGAGUGAGGAUGUCAGUGUGAAUCACUGAUCUUCUUCAUUAGAAAAAUAGACUUUUCAUAUUUAUCAAUUGUUUGCUUAUUUAUCUAUGAAACAGUUAUUUUCAUUAAUGAUGAUAAUCUAUGUGAGUUUGACUUUAAAAUAAUAAUACUAUCUAUCUGUACAAAUACAGUGUAUUUAUUGGA